AAAAUCGCUCAGGAAGAAUCGCGUAGUAGCAGUGGCGCUGGUCGAUUCGGAGCUCAAGGGCAGCAGCCACAAGCAAUGUCCGGAACAACCCAUAAUGUACCAAUAGCUCUCGAUUACACGACAACACAGUCGUCAAAUUACAAUAUUGGGGGUCACACGACCGGUGGGACUGUUAUUCAUACGAAACCCCUCCAGCAUACAUACACAACUCCCGAACAUCCAGCUUCUGCUCCAGCACCCGCUCCUAGGAGCAGCCAUAUGAUCCCAGUUCACAUCAAUACCGGCGGCUAUACGAGUCCACCAGCAGCUGCUGUCGGUGGUCAAAAGUCGCCUUUCUCUCCGUAUCGUCAUCAAACUGGUAGUCAACAACAGGACUAUCGCGCUCGCAGUGAAGCCUCCUACUAUGAAGAAGGACCUCGAGUUCCUUUCUACCAUUCUCCACGCACUCGCCGUGAACUAUCGCCGAGUGCCUCUAUUCCACACUUGUACGCUCAUUCACGUGAAACUCCUGCCGAACAAUACCUCCGUCAAACUGGCGGUCUUUUCGGCACCGAUCCAAAUUUGUUCAAGACAAAGGUGACACCAUAUUUAACAUCUGAGACACGUCGAAUGAUCGAAGAGGAAGAACGAUACAGUGGCGGUGCUCCUCAUGCCUACCACCAUAGUGCUUCUCCACCUGCGCAGAGUGCGAGCUUUAAAAGAAUCUCUCGAGCGUGUGGCACUCCAGUUGAUUGA